AUGUUUAAAGCUGCAAAUGCUCUGGUGCUCUUCUCAGUGGUUAUAUGUCAUCUAAAUAUUUGGUGCGUAAACCUGUCAACACUGCCUAUACCACCACUAAGAACCAAUGUAACCCGUCAUUUUCGUGUUGGUUCAGACAUAACUUUGAGGUGUGGAGAAAAUCAUCAUCUAAACCCAACUCUUAUCUUAUGGCUUGACCCUUCGAACAAAACAACGUCUAAAGAAACCAUAUCGUUAAGGAAUGCUAGCGUUGCGCAAUCUGGAGAGUAUUAUUGCCGGCUGUUUCAUAAUGGAGACUUGAAGUACCACCAGUCAUUAUUCAUUGUAAUACAAGAUAAACCGUUCUCUCCAACGUCUAUUCUCAUCCAGGCACUGUCUGAAAGCUCAAUGAACGCGUCAUGGGUCUCUGGAAAUAGUCAAAAUAGUCCCAUUUCUCUUCAUACUGUCUAUUUGCAUGACAAUAAUAGCUUAGUUUUACAAAAGAACGUAUCAUCCCCUCUGUCCAGCACAACACUUCAUAAUUUGAAGCCCUAUACUUGCUACACUUUGUAUAUUCGCGCUUUGAAUGACAUUGGUUGGAGUGAAUUCAGUAAACCCAGUCACUCACUCACUCUUCCUGGUUUGCCUGUUGCUCAUCCAUCAGUUCACAUCAUCAAUGUUUCCAGUCACUCAAUUUCUGUAGAUGUAGGUAUCGCAAAUUUAAAGGAUAUCAUUCAAGAUAACGUCAAAAGAUGUAUAGAUCAAGAUGCUCGAUUUAUAUCGUUACUACAUGGCCCACUGGUCGGUUACAUUGUCACAGUUGCUACAAUCCAGCCUUACAAGUUUGCUUCAAAAACGUUUUACAAUGCAUCUGAAUCAUUCUCACAGGUUGUAGAUAUAUCCGAUCUGAAGCCAUACACACGGUACAAUUUGUCUUUCGCUUUUUAUAAUGGUCGUUUUUCGGGCCCGUUCACGUCUUUGGUUGCUUCAACUACAGAAGGGAUUCCCGGGAAGCCAAGGAUAAAAAACUUUGAAAGUUCAUCCAACUCAUUGUCGAUUGACUGGGAAAGUAAUGCUGAUGCUGUGGGGAAAAUACUUGCCUAUAAAUUGGAACUUCACACAUGUUCCAAAAACGAUACCCAGAGUUCUAAAAGGUUAAAAACUGUUCAGGUGGAUUCAAAGGAGUUACAGUUUGUGUUUGGGAAUCUGGAUCCCAACACCUGCUACGUUAUUCGCGUGGCAUCUGCUACAAAAGCUGGAUUUGGACAUUUCAGUGAAAUCGAAGUCCGCACUAAAUUUGAAGCUCCAUCACCACCUGUUGCUGUUGGCGCUUUUCUUUUGGAGACCAAUGAUAUUUUGAUUAACUGGACUUGCUCAAAUGAAUCCUCAUCAGUAUUAAAAAAUCCACAGUAUAUGGUCUGUUGGCACUUUCACUCCUUUAUUUCUGAACAAAAAUGUUUGCUCACUCAGACAUCAAACAAAAAGGAAUUAGCAUACUGUUACUGUGACCAACAACAACAAUUUCAAUGGACUGUUAUUCCAUUGUCCGUGUUUAAAGAAGCAAAGUCUGGUCGAAUUAUCUUUACUAUUCGAUCCAGUAUCUCUCAAACAAAUUGUACUGAUUACGUAAACUGCGAGAUACAAAGUGAGAACUCAAACGAAAUAAGUUUAAAUCUGUCUUCUUCUACACGAAGAUAUCUUCAUACAACUCCGAAAUAUCAUCUCAAGUUAGAUAAUAUUGCAAUUGUUGGGAUAGUUUCUAUUACUCUUCUGGUUUUCUUCUGCGUGAUAAUUGGUGCAUGCUUUGCCAAUCGAGUUCAUUGUUUUCUUAUCAUGUGUCGUGAUACGGGUUCUUGUUAUCGCAAAACCGAUAUAUCAACUAAAUACAAACGUAUUACACCAUUUCAUCUAAGUAAAAACACAUACAAAGCUAUUUCAAGCAAAGAAUUUCGUGCCCAUGUUAAUGCUUGCCAUGCUGAUGAUGAUGCUGGAUUUCAAGCAGAGUUCGAGUCGUUAGAACAAAAUGUGCAAACAAACUGGUCAACUUCCGUUGCUCGUUCUUCAGAAAACAUAGCCAAAAAUCGAUACUCCAACAUUUUGGCUUAUGAUCAUUCGAGAGUUAUACUUAAGGAAACAGGCAGUAAAAGUGAUUAUAUCAAUGCAAAUUAUGUCGAUGGUUAUCAUCGUCGAGCAGCAUAUAUCGCUGCACAAGGUCCUAUCCCGUCUACUUUCGAUGAUUUCUGGUUGAUGGUAUGGGAGCAAAAUAGCAACGUCAUCGUUAUGAUAUCUAACUUCGUUGAACGUGGUCGUCGUAAAUGUGACAAGUAUUGGCCCAGUUCAGUUGUUCGGGCUUUCUUCACUAUCCGAGUGUUUACUGUUCGACAUAUCAAGACUAAACGUGGUUCUAAAGAUCGUUUAGUUUAUCACUAUCAAUACACAGAUUGGCGAGAUUUUGAUGUACCUCCUUCCCCUCUUCCGGUUCUGAAGUUCGUAGAAGCCUCGGUCACGCAUUGGACAUUUGACAAAGGUCCUAUUGUUGUCCACUGCAGCGCUGGCGUUGGACGAACCGGUACUUACAUCUGUAUCGAAAGUUUGAUACGGCAGCUAAAGGUAGAACAAGCUGUUUCUGUUCGGGGGUUCCUGGAACACAUUCGUCAACAACGCAUGAAACUUGUCCAAACAGAACAACAAUAUGCUUUUAUUCAUGACGCAUUACGUGAGUAUAUUCUUUAUCCGUAUCAUUCAAUUCGUCCGCUGGACUUCAGUGAUUACUUGCGACAUUUAUAUGAACUAGAUUCAACAGGUACAUCCAAUUUAAUGAAACAAUUUGAAAUGUGUAUGGAUUUCAGAUGUGAUUCUGCCAGUUCUUUGCACAGUGGAACCCUGACUGUUGAUCAAACGAAAUUACCCAUGUGUACAAGUAUUACUGAUGGUUCAGGCAUUGAUUCAUCCGUUCUUCAUGGUUUUCUGAAUGUUUGUGAGUAUAUAGUUACUCGUCAUCCUUUAGGUAACAGUGUAACUGAAUUUUGGAAAGUAGUUUGGGACGCUAAUUCUUCUUUAAUUGUAUGUUUGUCUGAUCAAAAUUUGUUACCAUUUUGGCCUGAUGAAGUUGAACAAACAAGAACAAUCGGUUGGUUGCAUAUAAAUUUUGCUCGAAUGGAUCAGUGCGGUGAUUCGUUAGUACGAUUUCAAUUCUUACUAACAUCUGAUCGAGAAGAUUAUGCACUAGCAUGUACCCUUUUGCAUUUUAAUGCAUGGCCUUCUAUUGAUUUAGAAAAUCCUCAUGAAUCAAGGAUUGCAUCAGAUUUACUUGAAUUGGCUACACACUUAGCAAAUGAUAAUCCAGAAUUCUCUAAUUCUUCCGCUCCUAUUGUUUUAGUAGAUAACACUGGAGGUUAUCGUGUUGGCAUAUUUUGUGCAAUUCGUAUUUUAAUUAGCCAAUUUUUAAGUGAUCUUAUACUCGAUGUAUACUUCGUUUUCAAAAUGUUGUGCCUACAACGACCUCAUUUAUUUAGGGGUUAUUGGGAUUUGGAAUUCGUGUAUACUCUUCUGCAGUAUUAUUUGAAGAAUGAAUUGUCACCUUCUUGGCAAUCGAAUUCAAUAGGUUCACGUUAUGCAACUUUAUAUUAUAUGCUAGAAGGACGAGAUAAUUCCAACAAAGUAUCAACCAUCGAACAACAUACAUCUCCUAGGCGAAUAUUAGGUAACUUAUUUUCUAGUCGUCGUCGAUUAACUGAUCCGAAAUGUCAACGUCCUACUCGAAGUAAUAACGAUUCACUUUUGUUUAAUGAAACUACUACUAUUAGUCGAAAUAAUUCUCUUUGUAAUCACACUAACUAUAAUAAUUCAUUUUUAAAACACACCAGUCAACAUCUAUGCAACAGUAUUAGUAAUAGAACCAGCAUAUUUACGGAUCCAUAUCAUCAAGAGGAACCACUUUUAUCAAAUCAUUUUUCAAAUCAUCGUGGACAUGCAGUGUAUCGUUUACUGUCAAAACACCAAUCUGUUGAAUUUCCUUCAUUCCAGUCUAUUAACAAUCAUAAUAAUAACAGUAGAAAUUAUUUUACUGGGAAUCAAAUAGAAUAUCCCACCCUAUGA